AUAGGAUUGCCGCGAUCGGCGGUUCUGUCAAUCGAGAGGUUCAUCUAUUCAUUUUUACCUUCUGUGCAGAUUGUUUUGGUCGUGAGCUUAUCAGUAAUCACUUCAUCAGUCUUAUCAACAAUUUUGCAAAAAUGAUUCUAGCGAGGAGUAUGCUGGCACUCAAUGCUCAAAGGGCCUCAGCUCAAAAGUUUCCCAACCUCAUGUGCCGCAGCAUAACUUUAAGAUCUGUUCAGCCUCAAACAGUUGCAGCAGCUGAGUCUCACGACCAAAAAAAUGCACGUCUCAAUCGUCCAUUAUCGCCCCAUCUUACAAUCUACCAGUACCAACUGACAACAGUGUUGUCUGUCUCUCACCGAGCCACUGGAAUAAUCCUAACAGCGUAUGCAGCUGGACUAGCAGGAGUAUCCUUGUCAUCGGGAGAUGUAAAGACAGCAAUAGCAAUGAUAGCUAAUUUAGGCAUUCCAGCCCCGAUCCUUUUCGUCUUCAAAGCAGGUCUUGCCAUGCCCUUCUCAUACCACCUUUGCAAUGGAGUGAGGCACUUGGUUUGGGAUAUGGGCAAAGCAUUGACCCUCAAAGGUGUUUACUCAACCGGCUACACUGUUGUUGCCAUCUCUGGAAUAUUAGCCUUGAUAAUGGCUGCUCUAUAACGCUUUUUCCCACCGAAAAUCAACCGAAGUAGCCACUAAGAACUUAAAUCUAAAUGCUGUUUUUUCUGUCUCGAGUAAACUGAUACAGAAACUAUGGCAAUUGUAUGUAAGGAUGAAUGCAAGUGUAAAUUAUUGUUUGUGUAUUAUACGUUUUCUUUGAAGC